AUGUGGUGCCAUACACCACUUGCCGAAAAUCCAGACUUGUGUGACGGUUUAACUUGCGGAUCUGGAUUUUGCACAAUGAGAGGAGAGGUGUGCUUUGGACAAAGCAAUUCUGCAUCUGAUCGUGUUAGGUAUUUACAGAGGCAAGUAAUGGAAGCAGUAGUUUCUACAAAUUGGUCAUUUCUCAAUCACUCGCUACACUCAUAUUCAAGAGUUAAAAUAGAAAGUAUAUCAACAACCGUUAUUAAUCAAUUAAAACCAUACCAGUUUUGCAAUUCUCCAAUUUUGCGAAGCGGCAUUUUCCAAACUUGUCCUCCAUUUCCAGAUGAAAGGCGAAUACACUAG